AUGGAGUCUGUCCCAUAUGCUAAUGUUGUGGGGUACCUGAUGUAUGCCAUGAUAAGUACUAGGCCGGAUUUAGCAUUUGCCAUUUCUAUGUUGAGCAGGUAUAUGUCUAACCCAGGUAUGAAGCAUUGGACAGCCUUGAAAUGGAUGUUAACAUACAUAAACAGUUCUGUAUGUGUUGGUCUUGAAUAUUGUAAAAGGAAUGCUGCAUUUGAUCUGGUUGGGUUUGUAGAUGCUAAUUUUGCAAGGGACAAAGAUACCAGAAAAUCAACUACAGCUUACUUCUUCACAUUGGGUGGAAACUGUAUAAGUUGGAAGUCUCAACUGCAGCCUAUAGUAGCCCUUUCCUCAAUUGAAUCCGAGUAUAUUGCAGUGACCGAUGCAUUUAAGGAAGCACUAUGGCUAAAGGGAAUUCCGACAGAAGCAAAUUUAAUUAGUGGGAAGGUGACAGUGUACUUCGACAGUCAGAGUGCAAUACAUCUGAGCAAGAAUCCAGUGUAUCAUGAAAAAACUAAACAUGUGGAUGUCCGUUAUCAUUUUGUGAGAGAUCAAAUUACUAAUAGGAUUAUUGAGCUUAAGAAGGUUACUACAGAGGAGAAUCCAGCAGAUAUGGGCACCAAGAUAGUCACUACAGCAAAGUUCAAGCAUUGCUUGAACUUGCUAUUUGUAAAGUAG